CCGAAAGGUGGGGGGAGACGGAAGGAGGACUGUGGAGAGCUGUGUUUUUCCGGAAGUGCCUCCCUCCUCUCGAGUACGCGCGGACGCGGCUUCCUCACCUCAUUUGUCCUCGCCCCUCCCCGUCCCUUUCCGCGUUUUGGUUCCUGGUUGGUGCUUCCUGGUCGCAGCGGCGGCAAAUUGAGGUUCCUGACUUUCCAUGAUGUUCGGUGGCUAUGAGACUAUAGAAGCAUAUGAAGAUGAUCUUUAUCGUGAAGAAUCAUCUAGUGAACUAAGUGUUGAUAGUGAGGUGGAAUUUCAGCUCUACAGCCAAGUUCAUUAUGCCCAAGAUCUUGGUAAUACUAUCAGAGAGGAAGGACAUGAGGAAAAGAACCCUGGGAAUUCUGAAUUGAGUACUAAACCACAUCAGAAUUUAAUUGUCCUUUCAGAUAGUGAGGUCAUCCAACUAUCAGACGGGUCAGAUGUCAUCGCUUUGUCUGAUGAAGAUAGUAUUUAUAGAUGUAAAAGAAAGAAUAUUAGAGUGCAAGCACAAAAAAAGACCAGAGCACCCCCUGCUUCUCCUUAUUCUGAUGAGUUGACUGAUAAGAAAUCCAAACGAAAAAUUGAGAAGCCUAAACCUGAAGAAAGAUCAGGUGUGAUCCGAGAGGUCAUGAUUAUAGAGGUCAGUUCAAGUGAAGAGGAAGAAAGCAUCAUUUCUGAAAGUGAAAAUGUGGAAAGCUGGAUGCUACUAGGGUGUGAAGUAGAUGAGAAAGAUGAUGAUAUCCUUCUCAACAUUGUGGGAUGUGAAAACUCUGUCACUGAAGGAGAGGAUAUAAACUGGUUCAUCAGUGACAAAGAUGCUGAGGCCCAGAUAGGUAAUAACAGAUCAUCGGGAAGAUGGACCCGCCGAUACUAUUCAGCCAACAAAAAUGUUACCUGUAGAAAUUGUGAUAAAUGUGGCCAUUUGUCAAAAAAUUGCCCCUUACCACAAAAAGUACGAGCCUGCUGCCUCUGCUCUGAGAGAGGACACCUCCAGUAUGCCUGUCCAGCCCGCUUUUGCUUAGACUGUUCUUUGCCUAUGUCUUCCACUCACAGAUGUCUUGAAAGAUCUUCCUGGAGAAAACGAUGUGACCGAUGUGAUAUGAUAGGCCACUAUGCUGAUGCUUGCCCAGAAAUCUGGAGGCAGUAUCACCUAACGACCAAACCUGGACCACCCAAAAAGCCGAAGACCCCUCCUGGACAAUCAGCCUUGGUGUAUUGCUACAACUGUGCACAAAAAGGCCAUUAUGGACAUGAAUGUACAGAAAGGCGAAUGUUUAACCAGACAUUUCCAACAUCUCCAUUCAUCUACUACUAUGAUGACAAAUACGAAAUUCGAGAGAGAGAUCAGAGAAUAAAACGAAAAGUAAAAGAACUCCAGAAAAAUGGGGAUUUUCCAAGGCAGUUCAAGAGACCACAUAUGGAAGCAGCAGAUAAGAGACCCCAACAUGACAUGAGGAAGAGCCACGUCUCCUGGGAAAACAACAGGUGGCGUCAAGAAGAUAAAGAAGCUCAAAGAGAAAUGAUGAGCAGGAAUAGAGACCCAGAGAAGCACAGGAAGGUUGACAGACGUUGGGAAGUGAAUGAGGACUUUCCUAGGGGCACCAGAACUCACUCUUCUCCCAGAAGUUUUAAAACCCAGAAGUCUCACAAGUCCUUUCACCACUCAUCGCAUCAUAAGCCAAGGGAAGACAAGCUUCCCAAAGAGGGCAAGUGGAGCAAGCAGAAGAAAAAGAAAUACAUGGAAGAUGAUGGCAAUGAUAAUUUAUUUCUUAUUAAGCAAAGGAAAAAAAAAUCUAAGAUGUGAUACAGCUUCUAAUUGGCUUCAUGUCUACAACAUUCUAGUAAUAUUUUUAUUACUUAUAAUUAAAUAAAGGGAAGGUUGGGGUUUUGAUUGUUUGAUUUUUGCCAUACCUAAAGUUGCUGAACAAAUGUCAUGGAGAUCUCAGUUCUCUACAUCCAACAGGUUAUUAGGUGGAAAACAGAUAAACUUGGACCUUCUGUUGUAAUAAUAUUUUUACUUAGAAUCUUUGGGAUAGAAAAAAAAAAUCAGUCUUUUCAAGAAAACUUUUAAAUUUACUUGAAAAAAUAAAAAUUCACAAAUGCAAUGUACUUGCAAUGUGGGAUGAAAAUUAAAUCUUUGUAGGAGAAAUUAUUACUAAUAAGAAAAUUCGUUACUCAGGAUUUUAACAUGGAAAGGGACAGUGGCUGUAAAUCUAAAUCCAGCUUUUCUUCUAAAACUGUUGUCAGAAGCUUCCUUUGGAGUAAAUAUCACAGGCUGAAUAUAAAAUGAAAAUAACAUUAAAGCCCUGAGGGAAUUGGGCUAUUAACAAAGUACGAAAAAGAAAUCUGUCCAGUAUAAAUGUAUUAAGACAGAUUUCCUGAAAUAUAUCAAAAAGUAUCAAAAAUGUUAACACAAUCACAUUGAAAGAGUUUGUACCAUUUUUAUAGCCACAUUUCAAGACCAUCAUUCAGGUAUAUAGAGAUGAAUACUGCCCAACUUAAAAAUUGUGCUGUUUUCAUGGAUUUUUUUUAACUACCAUACGGAGAUACAGAAUUUUUUUGUAUUGUGAACUUUUUAUACUUCUCAAAGCCUAAUGUUAGAAUAAGAAAGAUAAAAUGUCUGAAACAAUAAAUUUGUCUGUUAUGUAAAAUGACAAUGAGAGUUUGGGUCUCACAGGACAUAGUUGUGUUGGUCAAGUGACUAAAUUUAUAAAAUCACCAAGAACUGGAGUCAGAAGUGCCCUUUUUGCCCAACCACAAGCUCUUUGUCAGAAUAAAAUGGUAUGGGAUCAGUUAAACAGGA